AUGAUGGGCCCCGACACAAAACACUCCGCAAAGGCCAAGAUCUUCACCAAGAAAAGCUCGCCUUCGACCAAGGAACACAUCCGGCCCAGGAAGCCUCAGGUAGCCGUUCCGCCGGCGCAAAAUCUGCCCAACGGCGACAGACCAAACUUCGGCAACGCUAUCAAGCAGCAUCGAGAGCCGAGGGACCGCGCCGCCAGGGCAAGACACGAAGACGGCGAGGCGACGAUGGUUACUGUCAACAUCGACGGGUUCUUGAGCGAUAAGACCCCUAAAAAAAAGUCGUCCAGGAGCAAGAAGAAGAAAUCAAGACACCCCCAAGAUGCUACGGUGACAAUAGAUUCCAAAGCACGGGAAGCUACCCAUACCGUUUUCGCCGGUGCCUCUUUCACUACCGAUAUCCCACACGAGACAGCACUGCCCAAGCCUAGUUUUGUUUGA